GUAGCGCACGCACUGUUGCUGGUCCGAGUGUACCCAUGGGCGCUGUAAACACACAGUGCAUUCCCGACCUCGCACGUUGGGUUGCCAGGACAAUAGAUGUUCACACUGCCCUUCCCUUCAGUCUCAAGCACUGGAUCGGUUGCCGUCAAGACAACCCGGUCAACUUCACCGACAACAAACAGCUCGUCGCUUACAGAGUACGUAUCGGCAGCCGUUUCCCCCGUGCGUAAGCUGAGUACCUUCGAUUUGUUUGGACCAUCCAACCGAAUCGUGGCGGUGUGGCUGGCGGUCGUGUACCUGCCGCAGCUCGUGCUCAGCUUGCCAUUGUCGUAUGGCGAUUCUGCGUUCGGGUAUAUCCCCGUGGAAUUUGGAAAGCGCCAGUACCCGGCAAGGGAUAAGACAGCGUCCUCGCGGCUCCUUUUGGGCAAACGUGGCAAUUUGUGUCGCUCGUGUUCCAGCUAAACUUGCCAAAUGUACAUCGAACGCACUGGGAAUCGUCACGCUGGCGAGCGCUCGGAGCGACGCAGACGGCACAGUCGUAACAACGGACCGACCUAACCAAACGAGUCAAACGUUAACCUGACAGCAGAUUUUGUACCAGGGAUCUGCUGGACGGACGCGCCUUUGAAAUUGCACACGCCUGCCACGGCAACGACCCAGACGCAAACGCCCCGGUUGUUGCGCUCUGCAGCGCGACCUCGACUGCAUUGUCCGUUUUGACGAUUUUCAUGUACUGGACCUACCAAGGACGCAGAAUUAGAGACGACGACAGUUUGUGUACGAUAGAGUUGAGUUGUGCAGUUAUCCGAGGAAGCGGUAAGAGCCGGCUGGCUGAGCGACCGAAAUAUAACGUAGACGUCGGAUGCUCUCGUCAUCGGGUUGUCGUUGUCUGGGGUGUAUUGGCCAGUGUAAUAGAUCCACGUGAAGUUGCGAAGUGGGUCGGUCAAGAGCGAGUCCGUCGUCAAGUCCGUGGCGAACGGAUCGAAAAUGUCGUAGCUGGACCGACGUUACUCAGCGCCUUCGUGCUUGUAUAGUUCCACGUCUCAGCCAUGUCGUCGGGCCCCAGAAAUGACGUUGUGUCGUGUGUGUGCAUUCCAUCCGCUUGGAAUGGUCUCUGUCCGCUCCAGUUGACGAAAAGGACGUCGUUGUUGCUGCUUUGGUAUUCAACGAAAUGGACCACGCCGAACGUGAUGACAGAGUAGGGCUCAAGAGAUUUGAUCUGCCAGCGACAUUUCUGGGAUGUUGUGUAGCCACAAGAUAUCGUCGCUCGGCCGCGAGGACCAUUCGUGAUUGAGGUAGAUAUCGAACACAUUUGGCCAAGGACGACGGGGAGUCCCAGGCAGUAAAACCAAAGUAGCAUAAGGGCCUCAUUGCACCCCCAUGCAAUCCAACGUAUUGGUUCAAAG